AUAUGGUCUGCAUCAGCAAGCUGCUUAUUAAAGCCACACAAUAUUAAUUUGUACUUCUAAGACAAUGACUGACUGUGUUCAAACUCUUUGAUAGGAAGCACAUAUUCCUCUUUGUUCCAAUGUUCAGCUGCUACCCUCAAUUAUUCCUAAUUUUAUACUUCCUCCUAGAUGGACAUGCACUCAGUCAGUAAAAGUGAAAAAGUGCUUCCGUGGAGCAAAGAUGAUCUGAAGAAACGAGACUCAGAGUCUCCCUUCCACCCUUUACAGGCCCCACAAAUCACUAUUCAGAGGGCCAACAUGCGAAACAAGAGAGAGAAGUGGGAAAGCAGACACAGAAGAGAGGACCUGUCCCGUGAUGACUUGUUGUUUCUGCUCAGCAUUCUGGAGGGAGAACUACAGGCCAGAGAUGAGGUAAUUGCUGUAUUGAAAUCAGAGAAGAUGGAUUCAGCUCUACUGGGGGCCCACUAUGGUUUCAACGCACCGGAUGAGGCACUCCGUGCACUACAGAGAGACUCCCUGCGGGCCCAGCAGUACCACCAGCAGGAUGUGUACAAGAAACCAAUCGCUGAGCUCAAUCACAUGGUGGAGACCCAGAGGCGCUCAUCCCAAAGAAUGCUCGAGCAGCUCCUGGAGGUGUCCUGCUCACACAGAGGUGCUCUACACAUGCUGGAGGAGCAAGACAGGAGCCACAGGGCUUUUAUCCAUAAGAGCAACGGCCUUACCACUCUACUGGAGCAGGACAGAGAGAGACUCCAGCUUCUGAUUGUGAAGGAGAGAAAAUACCAGGAAAUAAAGGAGAAAAAACGUGAAAGAGAGAUAUCAACUCUAAAGGACGAGCUGAGGAAGCUGAAGGCUUUUGCACUGCUGGUUGUAAAACAGCAACAAUUUCUGAGCAGGCUGCUGGAGGAAGAGAGGCUUAAUAUCAAACAACUGACUGCCAUCACUGACCACAUCGAGCAGGAAGUCAGUGCUGCCUACCCCAGGGCAGAAAAGGAGGAGCUCAAACCCCUCAACCUGGAGGUGAAGCACCAUAACCAAGUUUCCAUCUUCAACCAAAACGACAACACCAUGACAGCCCCAAGCCUGCUGUCAGAGGUUGAGGUUUUGAGGAGAAGAGUUGUGGAAAUGGAGGGAAAGGAUGAGGAGCUGCUACGUAUGUGGGACCAGUGCAGAGACUUGGACCAUAGACUAGCACAAGAGACCAGCCACUGCCGGAGCUUGAGAGUUGAGGUGGAUAAACUCAAUGGCAGGAUAAGUGAACUGGACAGAAUGGAGGAGGCUUUAGGUAAGAGCAAACAGGACUGCAAUAUUCUGAAGGGUAGCUUGGAGAGAGAGAGAGAGGUUAGCAAGAUGCUGUCUGGUGAGCUUGACACUCUGAAAGUUAGGGUGAGAGAGCUGGAGGCCACUGAGGGCCAACUGGAAAAGAGUGCAACUGUGAUUAGACAGGACCUGGCCAAGCUCAGGUCACUGACUGUAGCUCUGGUGGAGGAAAGAAAGAACAUGGCUGAAAGGCUCCGACAGGCUGAAGAAAAACUCAACAGGAAGGAGGGCAACAGAAAUGAGCAAAGCAAUUUGGCAACAAUGACAGAAAGACUUAGAGACGAGAGGCAGCAGGCACUGAGGUCUAAGGCAGAUUUAGAGGAAAGGAUUAAGGGCAUAGCAAAGGAAAAAGAUGAGCUCCACGAUAGACUACAGAAAGAGGAGGAGAGGAACGAUGAGCUGCAGAGCAAAAUCACCAUAAUGAAGAAAAGGUUACAGGUCUUGGAAAACAGGAAAGAGAAAGAGGAGAAGUACACACACAGCUCUAUUCCAAACAAGCCAAUCCAUCACUGCCAGGCAGAGGACAACAAAGUCAAAGAAUUGACCGAGGAGCUAGAUAGGCUGCGAAAGAGACUACAGGACAAGGAGAUGUUGGAGGGAGAACUGAUGAAGGUAGAAGAGGACUAUGAGUCCCUGGAAAAGAGGUUUAAGGAUGAACAGAGGAGGUCCCAGGCUCUCACAGAGGAGCUUGAGUUAGCAAAGAGGGAGCUUUCCAGGUAUGACCAGGCAGAGAAGCAGGAGGUCAACCAGGAACACCAACUCCUUUGCCGUCUUCAGAAGGAGCAGGUCAAGGCCAGACUGUUGGGCAGAGAGGUAGAUUCCUUGAAGGAGAAACUCCAGAAGCUGAUGGGAACUGAGGAGUCCAUCUGCAGGGUUCAGACGGAUCACUCUGUGCUGCAGAGAAAACUAACUCAGCAGGAGGCCAGAAACAGAGAACUGGCCAAAGAGACAGAGGAACUGAGAAGUGAGCUAGACAGUUACAGACAAAUCAAGAAUCUUACAUCUGGUGCAAGCAGACAACACUUUUCAGACCUUCGUAUGACCACCAAGGAGGUUCAAACUGAGGAGGAGGGUAACCUGCCUCCUGACUACAGCGAGCACAGCGAGCACCUAAAUGAAGAAUAUGAGGACCCAAACCACAAUGCAGAAGUCAUAAACAGAAGAAGCUCUCUUGUCAACAACCUAAACAGCUUGAACAGUGCAAAUAAUAACAUGAACCAAUUCAGCAGCCAUUCAGCCAAUGGCAUAGAUACGCACCAAUCGGUUAAUGGAGAGGUGAUGAUGCUUACACACAGCCCAGGGCAGCCCUUACACAUAAAAGUAACACCACACCUUAUACUCAACACAGCUACUCUCGAGAUUAGCAGCCCCACUGGAGACACAGCUACAUCCUACACCAGCACAGCUGUCAUUCCAACAAGCGGAGCCUCGCCUAAACAGAGAAUAACCAUCUUCCAGAACUCAGCUUUGUCUGCAGUUAAUACCAAAACUCCCCCUUCAAGCCCUGAUCGCACCGUCUCCCCACUUAAUGGAACGCCCAUAACUCGGGCCUUAAGUCCAAAUUCAUCACGCUCUGUGACCCCUGACCACAACAAUUCCCCCAUUCAGAUAGUAACAGUCAGGACCUGUUCUCCAGAGCCAACAGAGGUCGCCAAUCAGACUGUUUUCUGCAAGACUCCAGAGCGCCAGAACAGCUGGCAUCAUCAGAAGUCCAACAGCACGGACACAAGUCCCAGCAUCAUUACCGCAGAUGAUAACAAAAUCCACAUCCAUCUGGGGAGCCCAUAUAUCCAGUCUCUGAACGGUAUGACCCACAGCAUGCCACAGCCUGUUGGGCCAUACUAUCUCCGACAUGAGCAAAGGACUCAAGUGCUCUCUAAUGGCUGUCAUGUCAAAGGUGUUGGUAAGAUUACAAGUAGCAUUACUAUAUCCCCUGCUACCUCUUCAGCUUCACAUUCCUCAAACAUUACAGUAAGUGGCCUUUGAUUAGGUGAAUACACACACACACACACACACACACACACACACACACACACACACACACACACACACACACACACACACACACACACACACACACACACACA